AGCUGCUAACAUUAGUCAGCUUUGCUGCCCUUGGAUUAGUUAGCAGGCUAAAGUGCUAGCCGCCUAAUUCAAACCAGGCAAAUCACUCGGUGCUGAGGACCAUUUAAAACAACAUGGAUGCUGUGGGAGUCGUUUGAUGCGACGGCUGGAGAUUAUCUGCUUUGCGUCGCAAGGUGGCCGUUUUUUUUAGUUACGUUGUCAGUCACGAGCUCGGGUGCCGUAUGUUAAAAAGAGAGGCUGGUUCGAAUCCCGGGGCGUCAUAUGGAUUAUUGUGAGGUGAUACGUGACCGAGUGUGGAAACGGUACAGGAUAAAUCCGGAUUUGCAGUCUGCAGCCAAAUGAAGAGUUUGAGUCUUAACUGGUGAAGGAGCAGGUAAAAGGACAAAAGAAGAGGAGAUAAAAAAGAGAGAGAGGCCAUGGAUCACCAGAGACAGAGGGCGCUCUCCACAUCGGGGGAGACUUUGUACGCUGUGCUAGGAGUGGACAAGAAUGCUACAUCGGAGGACAUCAAGAAAUGUUAUAGGAAACUGGCACUGAAGUUUCAUCCAGAUAAAAACCCAGACAACCCAGAUGCAGUGGAGAAGUUCAAGGAAAUAAACAACGCUCACUCCAUACUUUGUGACGGAACCAAGAAGAACAUCUAUGAUAAGUACGGCUCACUGGGACUGUAUGUGGCAGAACAGUUUGGAGAGGAGAACGUCAACACCUACUUUGUUCUGUCCAGUUGGUGGGCAAAGGCCUUGUUCGUCUUCUGCUGCCUGGCCACAGGCUGUUAUUUCUGCUGUUGCCUGUGUUGCUGCUGUAACUGUUGCUGUGGUAAAUGUAAACCCCGGCCGCCCAUGGACCAAGAACCGGACUUUUACGUCUCCCCGGAAGACCUGGAGGCCCAGAUGAACGCCGACGAGAGAGAUGGAGCUGAGCCUAUAGUGAUGCAGCCGUCCUCGGCCACAGAAACCACCCAGCUCACCUCCGACGCCCACCAAAGCUACAGGACCGAGGCGUACUGAACACGCACACACAACCUAACUGUAACAAACAAAAACAACAAUUGACCAAUGGCUAAGUCCUAUCUCCUGAAAUCGUGUUGACAAAGCCCUGGACUGUGGGCUGGUUUGUAGACUAGGAUUCACAUUCUGCUGCGUGUCAGUGAAGCGAAGGCCUUUUUAACAUUUGGAUUCAGCUACAAAAUGUUGGACUUUUAUAUCAGUUUAAGGUUUGUUUUUAAGUCUAAAUGUUUAAAGCACAUAACUAUUUUAACACAGCUUUUUAUUUCCUUAAAGCCAAGUACUGUCUCGUCUCCAUAUCAACAGAAUUCUGUGUUCUGUCAAAUCCACGUCCAAAUUACCUGCAGAUACUUUUGUAUUGAACGUCGACGUGAAGAACCAGCAGUGACUUUUGUUCCUUUCCCUUUAGUUUAGUCCAAAUCCACAGAUGGCUUCGUCCACUACAGUCAGAGUCUGUGCUGGGUGUAGGUCGAUGCUGACCUUUGCAGCUAUUGGCUCAGCCGUGUUUGAGGACAGCACUUACCCAUUGGUCAAUUAAAUGGACUGCUAGAUUACACUGCACACGUCCGGGCCCACAUCUGCAUUAAUAAUUGUUCAUGGCACAGCUCCACCAGCAGACAGGAGACGACAAACAGAACCCUCCCACGUCUACGCUCCACUUUAUUCUAAUGAGUUUCCAACCGAGGCAGUGGGUGAGGAGAAGGGGGGAGAAAAGGAGAGAAGACUUUGGUUUUUAGUUUAACAUUCAACAAGAGGCAACGACGCCCUUCAGAGCUGGUUUGUGAUUGGUCAAAGUCAGAUAUUAGUUUGAGUUUUUAAUUGUUUUCAUCAGCUAUUUUUUUACAAAUAAUUUUCGGCUUUUAAUGUUGAGUUUGAGAGUGAGAAAUACCACAAGAGGGAGCUAAAGUACCACCAAUGAUACCUGCACCAUACCUUGAGAACCACUAAACACAUUUAAAGAUGAUUCAUCUUUAUUUAAAAAAAUAAAAGGAGAAUUGAACCGACAACCAAGGUUUUAAAAAAUCAUUCACAUACAAGAGCCACCACAGAUGGAAAUAUCGAGCCUUGAUCUGUGUUUGAGUCUAUUAAUACCUUAGUGAUUGUCAGUCACUGACUACGCCCCCUAUAGACGUGUAAAGAUAUACUCCGUAUAACCCUAUAUGACAUACCACAGCGUCACAGAACACCUAGAGAGGCCUGCUGCUCACAGACCACAGCUCCACACCGGGUCACACACACAGAUCUGACAAAACAACAUCGUCUGGAUCUAAUGAUGCUGAAGGAGAGAGGGGAGAAUUUAGUGACGGUCUGUAGAACAGGUGACACACUGUCCCAAAUCAUGGACGGACAAACAGACGUUUCAAACCAAUAAAACCGAAUCCGUCAGUGAAGAAACAUGUCAACAUGUGUCACCUGAUGUACUGAUGUGAUCGGAUCUCCAGAGUCACAUGUCUCAGCAUCAGGAACAACAGCACCCCCCCCCCCCCCCCCCCCACACACACACACACACACUUCUCCUAUAUCAGACCACAGUGAUUAGUUCACCGUGUCUCCGUCCUGAAGUAGCUGCUGUGGUGAAAGAACGACCUUUCACCGACUGUUAAAAUCUCACAGGAGAUUCCCAAAAAUACCGCCGUCAUUAUUUUUGAUAGAUGCCACGUAGCCACCUUUAGCAUCUGUGUGGCCCGGUGGACUCGUUCUACAUCAUUAAAACCAAAUGGAUUUUCAGCUGUGAAUCUCUUCAAACUGUAUUCAAACCUUGCAGCUGCUGGAAGUAAAUCUCACUCUCUCUCACUCUCUCUCUCUUUUGCUUGUGAUUCAGCUCUGAGCAAUUGAAAUGAAAAUGAACUCCCAGCCGGCAGAGUAAUCAACAUGUCGACUGAGCGCCGUGACAGACACGUCUGUCUACAGCAGCCACAGACUGUAGUAUAGUAUGUAAUAGACCUGCUCUGAUGAUUGAAACGUUAAAGUACAGCAGAAAUAAUGAAGUGGUUUCAGAAGUUUGCGCUACCCUCUAACUUCCUGAAGGAGUUUCACUUACUGCAGUAUUUCAGAUUUUAGUUUCAGUUAGAAUAUCAUCGCUCCCAUUAAUCAAUAGUAGAUGGGUUCAAACAUGUAAUCAAUCACAUAUCCAGCUGUGCUUCUUCACUUGUUCUUCAUGAAAAUGUGUUUUGAAGAUACAAAUCCAAUGAGGAGUGUUCAUUCAUCCAGUCUCCGUCUAAAUGUCUGACUCAAACCCACAUGUUAUUGUUUGAACAUGAGUUUAUUAUCAGACCUGCACAAAAAGAAACUUCUGUAUAAUUUGGCAACACCAGCCUUGAUUUCUAGGAUAAAGUAAUUUCAUGGCAGUAAAUGUUUUUUUUAUUGUUUAGAGAAGCAGAAUAGUAGUACGUAGUAGUAGAAGUAAUUGAGCUAAAGACCGUAUCCUUGACAAGGAUAUAGAGUAGUGGCUA